AUGAUCAAGAUAAAGGUAGAGUUUCUCGGCGGCCUCGACGUGAUUUCUGGUAAAGUCAGGGAACAUCGCUUGUCUCUUCCUUUGGAAGAGGGCGAGGCCACCAUGAAAGACGUCAUUGACCAUAUCACGAAAACGAUCAUCGAGCACGAGAAAGACAUUCCUGUCUUUAUUGAAGAGGGAACCGUCAGACCAGGCAUUUUGGUGUUGAUUAAUGACACUGACUGGGAGCUUGAGGACAAGGAGGACUAUGUGGUGGAGUCUGGCGAUGUGUUUACGUUCACGUCGACUCUCCAUGGCGGUUGA